AACCCACCCCAGUAUAGACCAGUAUAGACCAGUAUGGUCCCAGUGCCCCACGGCUUCGAGAAACCCUCGGCAAUUCAACAGAGAGCGAUUCUGCCGUGUAUCAAAGGUGAGAGCGUCCCAGUAUAAACCAGUAUAGACCAGUAUGGCUAAAAAACCCUCCCCAGUACAGCCCAGUUCAUCCCAGUAUAGACCAGUAUAGACCAGUAUGGUCCCAGUGCCCCACGGCUUCGAGAAACCCUCGGCAAUUCAGCAACGGGCCAUCCUGCCGUGUAUCAAAGGCUAUGACGUCAUCGCCCAGGCCCAAUCCGGAACCGGUAAAACCGCCACCUUCGCCAUUUCCAUCCUGCAGCAGGUGGAGCUGGAGCUGAAAGCCACGCAAGCCCUGGUGCUGGCCCCGACCCGCGAGCUGGCCCAGCAGGUACCAGUAUAAACCAGUAUAAACCAGUAUAGACCAGUAUAAACCAGUAUGGACCAGUAUAAACCGGUAUGGACCAGUAUAAACCAGUAUAAAUGAGUUAGAACCAGUUCUAACCAAAGCCACACAGGCCCUGGUGCUGGCCCCGACCCGAGAACUGGCCCAGCAGGUACCAGUAUAAACCAGUAUAAACCAGUAUAAACCAGUAUG